AACAUUAUCUAAACACUCACACACACACACAGCCCCUGACACACACUCACACACACAUACACACACAGUAACUGCCUAUGCCAGAGCCUGCCUGCGCUCUCAGCUCAAGCCCUCUUAAAGCUGUUUUUCUGCUGGAGAUCAGUGAGCGCUAACGACACACAGCUGCCUCUGCUGAAGACAGGAGAAGGACGAGAGGAGAACAGAGGGAGGGGGGACAGAGGGAGGAGAGGACAAGCACGGGGGAAAACAAAACCACCAGCAACCUCUUAAACUCCUUGUCUUUGGUCUCCGGUGCAGUCGUUCUUCAGCAGGGAGUGUUUCUCUGCUGUAGUUCAGGACUUUUCUUUUUUUGUGUGUGUGUGUGUGAGAGGGGGAGGAAUAAGAAGAGGAAAGAGUUCACAUGACAUAAUCGGAGUGAAUGGGUUGCCAUGGUGACUCACCCAGGGAGCCUGACCCGUACAGAGUGAAUGGAGGGAGCGCCUCGGACGCCAAGUGAACGAUAAACUAACAGAGGGGAGUCACCAGAGAAAGAGAGAGAGACAGAGAGAGAGAGAUAGGAAGAGAGAGCCAGAGGAGAGAGAGACAGCGAAGGAGUGGUGGAUAACAGAGGGGAGCACAGAGGAGCGGAGCAGAGGUUGAGAAUGGAGGACGGGUUUUCCAGCUACAGCAGCUUGUAUGACACCUCAUCACUGCUACAGUUCUGCAACGAUGACAGUGCGUCAGCAGCGAGCAGUAUGGAGGUGACCGACCGCAUCGCCUCCCUAGAGCAGAGGGUCCAGAUGCAGGAGGACGAGAUUCAGCUGCUAAAGUCCGCUCUGGCUGACGUGGUCCGCAGGCUCAACCUGUCUGAGGAGCAGCAGGCCAUGGGCUCACGCAGAGGACCCACCAAAGACCCUGCUUUGAUGAGAAAGUCUCCCUCAGCAGACAGCAAUGUUGGGAAGCCAGCCAGGCCAAUGAUUGCCACCUUGCCGUUACGGCCCACGGUGAACAACGGGACCAUCCUACCAAAGAAAGGCAGUGGCACUCUGCCCUCCCCGUCUGGAUCUGGAUCCAGGAAGGACACCAGCGCACAAGCCAACAAGAGUCUGUCCAGUUUGUCCUCUCUGUCCCGCCCCACCAGAAUACUCUAUAUGCCCCUCAGCACUGUGAGGAGAGCCAACUCAAAUGAACAUGUGGGAACUCUUACGCGGAAAGAUUCAGGCGACUCCAAGGGCAACCGAACUCGCGCCGGAUCCACCGGCAGCAAUUCCAGUGGCAAAAGAAGUGACAGCAAACAGAGGGAUCCAGUGUUCAAUGCAGGGAUGCGACGAGUGACCCACUGCAAAGAGGAAGGUUAUGUGAAAAUGUAUUUGAAGGGUCGUCCCAUCACCAUGUACAUGCCCAAAGACCAGGUGGACAGCUACUGUCUGGAAGCCAGAGCCGAGCUACCCUGCACCAAACUCAAACUGGACUGGGUCUACGGUUACCGCGGUCGAGACUGUCGCUCCAACCUUUACCUGCUGCCCACUGGAGAAACAGUAUAUUUCAUUGCCUCGGUGGUCGUCCUGUUCAACGUGGACGAGCAGCUGCAGAGACACUACACCGGACACACAGACGACAUCAAAUGCCUGGCCGUCCACCCCGACAAAAUCACCAUAGCAACCGGGCAGGUGGCCGGCACCUCUUCAGAUGGAAAACAGCUGGCUCCUCACGUUCGUGUGUGGGACUCUGUCAGCCUCAACACACUCCAUGUUCUGGGUGCAGGCUUCUUUGACCGAGCCUUGGUCUGCCUGUCUUUCUCCAAGUCGAAUGGAGGAAACACGCUGUGUGUUGUAGACGACUCCAACGAUCACGUCCUGUCCGUCUGGGACUGGCAGAGAGAGGACAGACUGGCCGAAGUCAAGUGCUCCAACGAGUCAGUGUUCGCCGCGGACUUUCACCCGACAGACAGCAACAUCGUUGUCACCUGCGGCAAGUCGCAUCUCUAUUUCUGGAACCUGGAGAAAGGCAUGCUGGUCAAGAAGCAGGGACUGUUUGAGAAACAGGAGAAGCCCAAGUUUGUGUUGUGCGUGACCUUUGCAGAAAAUGGAGACGCUAUAACUGGAGACUCCAGUGGGAACAUCCUGGUGUGGGGAAAAGGCACUAAUCGCAUCAGCCACGUCAUCCAGGGCGCUCACGAGGGCAGCAUCUUUGCUCUGUGCAUGCUGAGGAACGGCACGCUGGUGUCUGGAGGGAAAGACCGCAGGCUCAUCUCUUGGGACGGCAGCUACCAACAGAUACAAAUGGUGGAGGUGCCUGAGUUGUUUGGUCCCAUCAGGACCAUAGCAGAGGGCAGAGGGGAGACUGUGCUCAUCGGGACCACCAAGAACUUUGUGUUGCAGGGCAGUUUGGAUGGAGAGUUCAUGCCUAUUACACAGGGUCAUACUGAUGAGUUGUGGGGUCUGGCCGUUCAUCCCUGGAAGUCUCAGUUCCUCACCUGUGGAUAUGACAGGCAGGUCAGCCUAUGGGACUCCAGUAACCACCAGCUCAUCUGGACCAAGAGCAUGGAGGAUGCUGCCCAAUCAGCAGGCUUCCACCCAACUGGAGCUGUGGUUGCCAUAGGAACCCAAAUUGGCAGGUGGCUGGUGCUGGACACUGACUCUAAGGAUUUAGUGACAGUGCACACAGAUGGGAAUGAACAGCUGUCUGUUAUGCGCUACGGGCCAGAUGGUAACUUCCUGGCCAUCGGUUCCCACGACAACUACAUCUAUAUCUACGCUGUGGCAGAAAAUGGGAGGAAGUACAGUCGAGUGGGGAAGUGCUCGGGUCACUCUAGUUUCAUCACCCAUCUGGACUGGUCAGUGGACUCCCAGUAUCUGGUAUCAAAUUCAGGAGACUAUGAGAUACUGUACUGGAUCCCGUCAGUGUGCAAACAGGUGGUCAGUGUGGAGACCACCCGGGAUAUUGAGUGGGCCAGCUACACCUGCACUCUGGGCUUCCAGGUCUUUGGCCUGUGGCCCGACGGCUCAGAUGGCACCGACAUCAACGCCGUGUGCCGGUCCAACGACAAGAGCCUCCUGGUCACUGGGGAUGACUUUGGGAAGGUCCACCUCUUCUCAUACCCCUGCUCACAGUUCAGGGCUCCCAGCCACGUUUACGGCGGCCACAGCAGUCACGUGACCAAUGUGACCUUCCUGUACGACGACAGCUACCUGGUGUCGACUGGAGGGAAGGACAUGAGCGUGAUGCAGUGGAGGAUAGUCUGAGCGAGCAGACGGACACAGAUACUGUCAACUUCACUGCUGCCGGGGCCUUCAAACCCAGCGGGAGCAAACUGAACCGAACUGCACUAAACUGAACCGAACCAAACUUAAAUUAACUCAGAUGCUUAAAAAAAAAGAGGAAGCGGAUCUGACUGAACCGAAGCGAGCUGACAGAAGAGGAACUUUGCGUCAUGAGGUUUCCCUCCUGGUCUGCUCUCAGAUCCCUGAGGAGAUGGUGUAAUGUGCGGUUGCUUGAAAUACAAAAAAUCCUGAAUAUUUCUCCUUUCUUCUUUAUUCACACUACAUGUUAAAAAAAGAAAUCUCUCUUUCUCUCUCUCUCUCUCUCUCUCUCUCACGCACUGUAGCCUAGUCACCAAUGACAUGACACGAAAAAACAAACGGAUCGAAUCCAACCAAACAGAACCAAAGGCUCUGACUUUCUGACUGCGUUUGUACAGUUUGGCUUUCACUGUUCUUGUAUCGUGCACACUCCUGCCACAGGUAUUCGGACUGAGUAGGUUUGUUUUUCGCUGCCUGUCAGAGCCGUUUGCAGACUGAAUAUCGUCGAGCUGGAGAUCCAAGAGCACUGGGACAAAAACUGUGUACGGAAAGAAAGAACAUACUGAUUUUCUAAUUGUUAAAUUUUCUUUUAUUUUGUAUUUAAUAACUCAGGAAAGCACUAGAGAAGCAGCAGGACCCUUCCCUGUUAUUAACAUUGACAUAUCAGAAGGAGCCAGCGGCAGCCCUGAAAACAUCUCACUAAAAUAUUCAGAGAGGUAUCAACCAUGGUAGAUAACUCAGCUGUCGCUCAGCCAUUAUUGAGUUAUUUACAUUGAUUAAUUAUGUAUUGAAACUACCUAUACAGUCAGGGCUAAUGCUAAAUUUGGUGGUCAUAAUACAUCCUAGCAAGGAGAAUGAGAGAAGACAGAUGAGCAGGAGACACAGUUAGGUUUUUUUCCCCGUCAGAUGUGAUGAUAACCAUCAUUUGGAGCAUUGAAGUUACAUUAUCUGGAUUCCAAAUUAGGAUUUUAGCCAUUUUCAGCAAAAAUUUUCUGAACAUUUUCCAAGUAUUUGCGCUUCCAGUUCUUAAAAAAAGGACACCUUUUCUAUUAUUUAUUGAUCCUGUUUCAAAUCCAUCACUGCCAAUAUCAGUUCUUUUGAGUUUUUUCCCCAUAAUAAAACCCUGCCCAGUCCCAGAUGUGUAAAUAUAGAGAGGCUUGACACAGAUAAGAGCAGAGUGUGGGUGAAUAUACAGUAUUUGAAACUGUUUCCAGUUUUGUGGAAGGAGAAUCAAAAUGAAGCAUGUACUGGGUUUUUUUUUUUUUUUUUUUUUUGGAUGAUGUGAAGCCUUUUAAAAUCUGUAUUUUGUUGAUCCCAGGUCAGUUUAUGAAGGAGAGAAGAUGCGACCAUUACACUGUAACUGUCUGAUGUGCUCCUCAGGUGUGCACCAUCAGUCACUGGCGAGAUAUUUAACUGAACUGAACUGAACUGAACCCUCUUGAGGUGUUUUUCUCUAUUGCACUGCUUCCGCCUGAUAAACAUAACAGCAGGUCUAUUAAGCGAAUCACCAUUUAGCACUUACUGGAGUUUUUUUUUAUUUUAUUAUUUCUUCGUAAAACCAAUGUCUGCUCUCAACCUUCCAAGCUGUGUACCGCCGGAUCAGGUCUAUGGUAUGGUACGUAGCAUGUCACACUCCUCGUCUCAUGGCAAGCCAAAAUUACACACAUGCAUGAACAAUUGUAAUUACUUUAAAGUGAUAUUUUAAAUGGGAGUUAAGCAGAUUUUUAGCGUGACCAUAGCUGCCUCUGAUAUGAGGCAUAUUGGUGUUGUUUUUGAAAUCCAGACGGGUGACUUUACUGUUGGACUUGUCUUAUCAGGAAAAAACAACCCCACAGAAAUCUAACAGCAGUGAUAUAAAGUCACCACUCUACAGAGUGAAUGUAACAUGGUUUGUCUUACCACUACACUUGGGGCUGCAGAAUACCAUUGGACACUUAACAUUUGUCUGAAAGUAAAUGCAACAUGAAAUUCCUAUGAUGCUCUGUCUUAUAUUUCCCACUUUAUUUUUUGGUAUGUUCCUUUAUUUUAAGUGUGAUCCCUAACAAGUGUCAUGUGUAAAUAUAAUGCACUUUCAUACUCGUACAA